UGCGGCGGUUCCGUGGUCGUGUGUGAAAAUGAGGGUGGAUCUGUUGCAGUUGUUUGUGGUUUUGCUGCUCCGUGGCGGCGCAGGCUCGGCGGCAUCAUCUGAUUGCAAAUCAUAUGAUGAACGGCCGAAAAGCGGUGGGAAAAGCCCGCAGUCCGACCGAAAGGUGGUGUGCAGCAACAUGGAGCUCCAUCAGGUGUUACCUCCGGACUCUUUCCCCAACAGGACAGUCACACUAAUUCUGAACAACAAUAAGAUUCAAGAACUCAGAAAUGGAUCCUUCUUUGGAUUAUCAGCUUUGGAAAAAUUGGACCUGCGGAGUAACAUGAUCAGUCGUAUUGAACCAGAUGCUUUCCUCGGAUUGCCAGCCCUCAAAAGACUAGACUUGUCCAAUAACAGCAUCGGCUGCCUCAAUGUAGACAUCUUCAAAGGCCUCACAAGUCUGACCAGACUAAACCUUUCAGGGAACAUGUUCUCGUCAUUGGCACAGGGGACCUUUGACAGCUUGUUGUCUCUGAAGUCAUUGGAGUUUCAGACGCCUUUCCUGCUGUGUGACUGCAACCUUCUGUGGCUGCUGCGUUGGAUCAAAGAGAGAAACAUCUCCGUCAAGAACACCAAGUGCUCCUUCCCGCAGUCUCUCCAGGGGCAGCUCGUUACCUCCUUCAGGCCAGAGCUCCUCACCUGUGAUGCUCCUCUCGAGCUGCCUUCCUUCCAGCUGACUCCGUCCCAGCGUCAGGUGGUUUUUCAGGGGGACAGCCUGCCGUUCCAGUGUCAGGCCUCCUUUGUGGCCGAGGACAUGCAGGUGCUCUGGUACCAGAAUGGCCGCAUGGUCAAGACGGACGCAGCACAAGGCAUCUUCAUUGAGAAGCGCAUGGUGCAGAACUGCUCUCUGAUUGCUAGUGCUUUGACCAUCUCGAACAUCCAGCCUGGUUUCACGGGGAACUGGGAGUGCAGAGUCUGGACGAGCAGGGGCAACACCACCAGGACCGUCCACAUUGUGGUGUUGGAGAGCUCUGCCAAGUAUUGUGCACCUGAACGCGUCUCCAACAACAAGGGAGAGUUUAGGUGGCCACGCACCCUAGCAGGGAUCAGAGCCUACCUCCCCUGCAGCAGACUGACAUCCAGUGCGGGAUCCUACUCGGGCAGCUCAGGUGACGAGUAUCGGGCGUGGCGCUACUGUGACCGAAACGGGCUGUGGGCAGAGGACGACUACUCGCGCUGCCAGUUCCAAAAGGAUGUGACUAGAUUCUUACACGUCAUAUACCAGAUGCCUCUGAAUGAGACGAAUGUAGUGGCCCAAGCUAGACGUCUGCUGGUCUGCACAAAUGAUGCUGCCAACUUCUCCGACAAAAUGGACAUCAUCUUUGUGGCUGAAAUGAUCGAGAAGAUCGGCAAGUUUGUCGACAAGUUUAAAGAUCUGGGUGACGUGAUGGUUAACAUGGCCAGUAACUUGAUGCUGGCUGAUGAGCGGGUGCUCUGGAUGGCUCAGCGGGAAGCCAUGACCUGUUCCCGCAUCAUCACCUGCCUCCAGAAGAUCGCAGCCUACCGUCUGGCUACAGCCCAGGCCUUCUUUCUGAAUUCUCCCAACAUAGCACUGGAGGCCCACGCUGUCAGGGCCAACGACUGGAAUGGCAUGACAUGCAUGUUGUUCCAGAGGCCCACCCCUGAGCGCACGCCCGGACAGGACCGCCAACUCACCUUCAAAUGCAACACAACCAGCGCCUUCUCCAGCAUCCUGCACAAGAGUACCAUUAUUGAGGCUUCCCUGCAGCUCCCUCAGUCUCUCUUUACCCAGGCUGCAGUCCCUGGUCAGGUAGACGACACGGUCUACAAACUCCAUCUACUGGGCUUCCGCAAUGGCAAGUUCUUUCCCUCCACCGGUAACUCCUCCCUGCUGGCUGAUGGAGGGAAGAGGAGGAGUGUGGCCACCCCUGUCAUCAUGGCCAAGAUAGAUGGCAUGUCCCUGCGUGUCCUAAAGACGCCCGUUAACAUCACCCUGCGACGCUUCGCCCGCGGUUCAGACGCCAUGUCUGCCUCCUGGAACUUCAGCCUGGUGGGGGGUCACGGAGGUUGGCAAAGUGAUGGCUGCCGCAUCCUGGACCACCAUGACAACUUCACCACCAUAUCCUGCAACUCUCUUGGCAACUAUGGACUGCUAAUGGACCUCAGCAGUGUGGAGUAUUUCUCUCCAAGCAUCCAGCCCCUUCACCCAGUCAUCUACGCCACUGCUAUCAUACUGCUGCUGUGUCUGCUCACUGUUAUGAUCAGCUACAUCUACCAUCACAGGUCUGUCCGUGUGAGCCGCAAGUUUUGGCACAUGCUGGUCAACCUCUGCUUCCACAUCUCCCUCACCUGCGGCGUCUUUGUAGGCGGCAUAAAUCAAACGCGACAUGCGAGCGUCUGCCAGCAGUGAGUGGGCAUCCUGCUGCACUACUCGACGCUGGCUACGGCCCUUUGGGUGGGUGUCACCGCACGCAACAUUUACAAACAGGUGACGCGCAAGGCCAAGCGCUACGAGGAGCUGGAUGAACCUCCUCCACCGCCGCGGCCCAUGCUGAGGUUCUACUUAAUCGGUGGAGGGAUACCCAUCAUCGUCUGUGGGAUCACUGCAGCAGCUAACAUCAAAAACUACGGCAGCAGGACCAACGCACCAUACUGCUGGAUGGCCUGGGAGCCCAGUAUCGGGGCUUUCUACGGCCCAGUGGGAUUCAUCGUCUUCGUAGACUGCAUGUACUUCCUCAGCAUCCUGCUCCAGUUGCGGCGGCACCCCGAACGCCGCUACGAGCUCAAGGAGACGUCGGAGGAGCAGCAGCACCUUGCUUCAGCCCACCCAGAGCCUGCAGCUGACUCCCACCCCCUGACUCUCCAUCUCCAGCCUCACGACGCGUCCUCCUCCAUCGUUUCUGCUCCCCACGCUGUGCCGCUCUCCGCCCUGGAGAACGAGCACACCUUUGUCGCUCAGCUGAUGGGUGCAGCGGGGGCACUGGGCCUGUAUGCCGCCCUUUGGGUGUUCGGAGCCAUGGCUGUGUCACAGGAGCACCCAUUUGAUUUAGCCUUCACCUGCCUGUUUGGGGCUGCCGCGCUGGCUUUAGGGGCGUUCAUGGUGGCUCAUCACUGCGUUAACAGGCAGGAUAUGAAGCGUUACUGGUCCCAGGCUUGUUGCUCAGGGAGACGAGCGUAUUUGGCGCAGGAGGAUGUGCUUCUCCCGCAGCCGGGUGUGGCGAUGACAUCCACCUCGGGAUCAGCCGACAAGCCCGACGGGGAGUCGACCAAAUGCGGCCACAGCAGCGCAGAAUCUUCUUACACGAACAAGAGCGCACCGAGCAUGCGCAACUCCGCCCACGGCAGCAAACUGACCAAUCUGCACGCCGAGGCAGCUCAGUGCAAGUCUGCCUCGGCGCCAGUGGCCGCGAAUGGUGGCGCCAUUCUCGACAACAGCCUGACUGAACAUUCAGUAGACAAUGAGAUAAAAAUGCACGUAGCGCCGGUUGAGGUUCAGUUCCGCCCCGUGAACAACAUCACGAAUCCAGCAGCUGUCCCAAACGGACACGCGAGCAGGCACCACAAAAACCGAGCGCGGGCGCACAGAGCGAGCCGCCUCACGGUGCUGCGAGAGUACGCCUACGACGUGCCGACGAGCGUGGAGGGCAGCGUGCAGAGCGCCCCCCAGAGGCGGCACCACCAUUACGACAUGGCUGCGAGGAACAGCCGCAGAGCCGCCUACAUGGCCUACAGGGAGCGGCAUCAGAGCCAGAUGCAGCAGGACAGCAGCGACAGCGCCAGCCUGCCGCGCCGCUCUCGAUGCGCGGAUAAAGGAGGCGGAGGGGAGGGCGGCGCUCCGGGGAACGGCUCAGCGGCGACCGUAGAGACUGAGGAGAAGGAGGCGACUGCUGCCACGUCGAGCUCCAGUAAAGAGUCGGCUCCCCAGAAGCAGCCCGGCAGCACAGAACUAGAAAGUCAGCCCAAGUCUUACGGGCUCAACCUUAUCACUCAAAAUGGCGGCACGGUGAAAGAAAACGGACAGCCUGUGGCUUUAAUUAGCUCAGAGAAUACAGCGAGUAUAAAGACCGGCCUGUGGAAACAUGAAACUACCGUGUAGCGACAGUUUCCGUCCCUUGGACUGCUUUUACACUGUGAAAUAUCUUGGUUUUUUUUUUGAUUGUGCUAUUUAAGAACAAUCAAACCGUUACUGCCACUGAACUGUGUUUGUAGAUUCUUCUGUAAAUGGUCUAUUUUUAUAACUUUUAAUCCAAAUCUUUUUAUUCCAUUUAUCUGUACAAGAAACGACAUGGGGCUGAGCUGUGACCCUGUGAAUACAAAACCCUAACCAUGGGGAGAUGUUUUUUUUUUUCCAUUUUCUAGUUUGUCCCAACUAUAAUAAAAACAAGUUUACAGAUUGAA